CAUGAUUUCAUUGCAACGGCUGUAUAGUGUGAUGUCUGAUGGUGAUAGUAAAGUGUUAAUACAGGAUAUUUUAUAGAUUUCCUCAAUAUAGGUUAUUGAAAUGUCAUUCACAUACUUUGGUACGCAACCUGUCUGUCCACAGCUAAAUCCACAAUAAACGACAUAGUGCUGUUGCUUCUGAUUGGGUUAUUUAAUCAACAUUUGAGGCGAGAGAUGGCGCACACGGAAGGACUGGAAAAUGCCAUGGGAGAGUGUUCAGGACAACAGGGGUCGACUCUUGGCCUGAGAAGUCGACCAUGCUCCAGCGAAAGAGAUGGCCAGGUCCGCGUUGUUAAAGCCUCGCUUCAGGAGAGACUCGGACCUUACGAGCCGGUGUUGACCUACCUACAGUCCGUUCUGGUGUGGGAAAAGCCGUUUCAGAGUGUGCUACUGUACACAGUGGUCAACGUUGUGUUCUGGUUCUUUGCCCUGACCUCGCUGCGCCUGCUCUUCCUGCUGUCCUCUGGUCUGCUUGUAUUCAUCUGCGUUGACAGCUGGAGGAACAAGAUCUGGCCUGAGAUCAGAGUUAAAAAACCUGAUGAGUCUGAAAAUGAAAGCUGGGGCCUGGUGCAGCCAGGGUUGCUCAGUGUCCCAGAGCUGUGUCACCACAUUGCUGAGGUCUGGGUCUCUGGGCUGGCCUUCACAUCCAGCCUGGUGCAGUUCAAACGCCACAACCCUGGCAAGUUCUGCCUCCUGACCUGUGCCCUCUUGACCUGUCUGGUCAUGGUUGGACGGUACAUUCCUGGACUGGUGCUCUCUUACUCUGCGGUGCUGGUUGUUCUGCUGUGCCCCCUGGCAGCGUACCACCGCGGGUGGCAGCGUGUGUGCGUGAAGCUGGAGCCAGCCCUGCAGUGGCUGGACUUCAGCGUUUGCGGGUAUAUGAUGUCAAAGCCCAUCGACAACCAGUUCCUCCGCAAGCCAAUUCGGGGUGCAGCAUCCGGUGAUGCCAGUGACAGUGAGGAGGAGCUUGCUGCAUUCUGCCCGACGUUUGACGAUGCUAUAGGGGCCAAAGAACUUGAGAUGACUGACUCUGAGCACUCUGACGCUGAGGUCUCGUACACAGACAAUGGGACCUUUAAUCUGUCCCGUGGCCAGACUCCUCUCACAGAGGGCUCAGAAGAUUUUGAUAGACACAGCGACAAUGAGGAGUCGUUUGCACGAGACCUCAAUGACUUCCCCUCCAUCAACCCAGAUGCCACCCUGAUGGACGAUGACGACGACUCAUGCAUCGGGCUGCCCAGCCUGGGUCUUCGGUCUGGGCGGACUGGCCCCCGAACCACGGCCGAGUUGCUGGAUGUGGAAUCCCACCUGGACUCUGACCAGGACGACCUGGAUGAGGAGCUCUCCUUCGGCGGCCUCCCCCCCGCUUCUGACUUCCUCGGAGGUGACCUGGCUGGAAUCAUCGCUAGCAACAUGAUUCAGGCGGCACUGGCUGGGGCCAUGCAGCCUCGUCCCCCUGCCGCCCGCAGAGAAAGGGUGGGGCCCACCAGAGCAGGGGCCCAUAGGGGCUACCGCAAGCAGUCUAGCUCGGAGCUGGACACGGACUUGGACGGAGAGGACUUUGAGAUGCUGGACCAGUCGGAGCUGAACCAGAUGGAUUCCUUUGGGGGUGCAGGAGGACGGGGAGGAGGGCAGGGUGGGGGACAGGGGUCCAGCUUCCUCUCCAACCUACUGGGGAAACCACAGUGAGGCACCUCUACCUGUGCAUAACAAUCAACUAAGUCUUUGUGUGUGAUUGAGUGAUUGGAAUGUUUAUGGCUUUUUUGACUGCGUGUAUGUGUGAGUCAUUUAAAUCGUAGGAUCCAGCAGCCAGGCUCCUGAUUGGCCUCAGUUGACAUCACUGUGAAGUACUUCUGAUUUCUAUAUUUUUCUAUCUCACUUUUCAAUUUCUUCCUUUAGUCUGUAGCUUGUAUGUGUAAGCCACCAUCAUCAUUUUUGAAACUGCAUUACGGAACCACUUCUCUGUACUGUCAUCCAGUAUGCCCCAGUGAGUAAUAUUUUUUUUUUUUAAGUCAACCACUAGGUAGUAUACACACUUCCUAAAAUGCUAAACACACAGGGCUAUUUAAUAUGGGACCAACUUUGACAUUCCUAUUGAUUAGUGAAGUUUUACAACUACAAUGACCUUGUUUUGAAUAGUUUUAGCAAUAUCUGACUGGUACUCUCUUUUAGUAAAAACCACUGCUUUCAUUUUAAGACACUCGUUCUCUAUUAGAAACUAAGUCAAUAUUAAUGGUGAUAUUUUUUUUCAUCAUUCUUGAUUUGAGACAUGAAUUUGUUUUGAGUCUGAAAUCAUUGUUUUAAAGAAAGGGGAUUGGCAUUUUAGUUAAGUGUUUUAUUGUCUCCCCCCCAGAAUGUUUCUUCCCACACCAUUGGUCCUAUUUCGUUUGCUGUACUUAUGGGUAGAUCCGUGAACGUAGGGUUGCCUCCUGUGUUCUCCAUGUGUCUUGAAUGAGCAGUCAUGGGCUAUUUAGAUAUUUUUGUCUUUAUCAUCACAAUAAGUAACUUAUCAAGUUAACUUGCUCCUUCUAUCCCUUCUCCUGUGGCAUUCCCUGUCACCAUCUUCACUCAUUUUUGCCGAUCCUUCUCAGAGGAGAAUCUAUAGAAUAGACAUGCAUAUGUAAGAAGUACAGAAUAAUAUAAGCCUUUAGUUUAACCUCUAAACUCAUGCAUGAACCACAUUUUGUAAACAUCUUAAGAAAAUCAUCAGGAAAACAUGUUUACAUUGAUGGGCGAACAAAAUGCUGGUAUACAAAACUCAACCUGAUUAGCCUUUUUAAAGUGUGAAUAUGUAAAGGAAAAUAUGAAAUAUGCUUGUCUUUUAAAAACUAGGGUGUAAAUGUUAGCCUAUUAUUUUUUGUGUGUGCAGGUCAGCAUGAUUAACCUGCGAUGGACAAACAAGAUCCUGCUGCUUUUGUCUUUUCAUGGAAACAAUCUAAUAAAUAGGAGUGAUUCUUCUUGGUCAUUGAAACUCAAAUGACCCGCAGAUGGGUUUUGCUGACGUAGCUGGAUCAAACAAUCAGAAAGAGACAAUGCUGGUUUAUAUAUCAGACACAUUGCCCAAUAAUGCUAUUUGUGUUGUAUAGAAAAUCAUGACUGUGGGAGAUUUCAUACAAUAGAACUCUCAGAUCCCCUUGUUCAUGGAGAUGGCCCAGAAAACAGAAUCGGUCUGAUCUGAAAAGGUUUGGGAUUUGAAUUAAAAAGAGUGAAUGUACAUGACUUGUUUUGGACCACUUUAGUUUAAAUAGGGGUUGUUGCAGUAUCGCUUCAUGAAGACUGCCAGGCAAUUCUUCAUUCUUAGUAUUAUGUUCUAUAAAUGUGUUCAGUACAGUGUUUUUUUUUUCUCUCUGACAUUGGUUUUGAUGUGCACAUCUUAUUAAAUAUGAAGUCUGGAUUAAA